CUUCAUUGCCCGCGUUCCUUGAUGAGAUUGUCGGAUGCAUUCCCUUCAAUGAAAAUGAUGAAAGAUCAGUUCCAACAACUCCGAAAGGCCAACAGCGACAUCAUUGAAAAAGUUUGCGUCAGAAUUGCACCUACUUCCAGAAGCAAUGGCAGCAACUCGUCAUUCUACGUGACUUUGCAAGACAUUCGAAAUGUGUUUCCAGAUGCACAUCGAUUCAUGUUGGAUGGGAGCCUCAUCCCUUUCCUAGUAGAUGGCAGUGGCAACAGAAUCGAUCCUCUGCGCAUUGCCUUUUAUCCUGACAAGGUCCUGGACGUCGUUGCAGAAGGACCAAAGCCCUGCAACAUUAAUAAUAGCCUCAACAGCGACAGUAACAGUGGCAGCGACACCACUAUCAGUUUGCCUACCUUGAAGAAGUCAGUAUAUCUGGCCUCUCAGGAGCUUCUUCAAUCAUUAUCAGUCUUGAUUCAAUCUUUCAGCUCAUCUCUUGUUACUCACGAAAAUACGCAAAAAGGAAUGACCAAAUCUGACCUUGAGCAGAUUGAAAUCUUACUACUGUAUGUCAAAAAGAGAGACGAAGGGAUGCUUAAAUUGCAAUCAGAGAUGCAUAGCUUGCGACUGAAGGCUAAGGAGAAUGAUAAAGUAACUAAGCUGCAACUAGAGGUGCUCAAGCUGCGACUGGAAUCCAAAGAAAAAGAUGAAAAGAUCAUUAAUUUGCAACACCAAGCUCUUAGCAGGCCCACCAUCAUUCAGGAGCAUGCUAAUCAAGCUCCCGACAGGGCUACCAUCCUUCAAAAGCAUGCUGAAGCUAUCCUUGCCCAGAACUAUGAGCUGUAUGAAUAUCCACUUUCUCGACUAUUUAUCAUUUUGCCCGUCGACAGCACCAAAUGGGAUCCAACGAAUGUCUUGAGGAACAAGGUCCGCCUCUAUUUUCUUUGUGAAUAUGGAGACCACUCCAUAAAGACAAGAAAAGACAGCCACGACCAAAUCCAUAUUGUCAAACAUGAAGAAUAUGAGAUCCAAUACAGCAUGGAGUUCUUCCGCAAGUAUGGAAAGCACAUGGUGAUCCUUUUAGAGUGGCUCAAGUUGAGGAUGCUCUCGCCCACUUCUCUGAGACCUAUCCCAAAUCUGACCAACGCCGGUAUCGAUAAAUCGCUCGACUACAUGAAAGCACUCUCUGCUGAGUAUCCGGCCUUGAUUAACAUCAACACAUUUGAUGACUAUGAGGUGCUUGAAGGAGCAGACCUUCGCCAGCUGGGCACAUUCCUUCAAACCAGUGAUAAAUACAGACAAAUUUGUAACUUGUACAGGACUACAACUGAAGUGGGGCAUGUUAGAUGGAUUUGUGCCGACCACUUUCACUUGGAUUAUAGAGAGAAAGGGCAGAAAGCACUCUUAUGUGAAAUUGCUCUGAAUGGAGGCAAAUACAACAUGCAUCUUGGCAAAGCGAUGGUCAAAUUGGAGUCUAGUACUAGAGCUAAAGUAUUCCUCAAUGCUCUGGCCAAUGCAAGAUGUGUUUAUGAGUUGGAUAUCACACUCAACUGGGAUUGGUCCGAAGCUACCCUUGAAGCACUUGAGAGAGCAUUGAAGGUGUCGGGUAUAUCAAUCCUACGACUUGAACUUGGACUAUCUCAAGAAAGCAGCAGCGGGAAUGCAGUUCCAAGAUCCACACGAUAUGAAGCACUUAUUCGUAUAAUUGAGCUUAACAGUAUGAGGGUGAUUCAUAUUGCCCUCUCACCGGACCUCAUAGAGCUCUCUCGUUUAGAGCCUAGAAGCGCAUCGCACCUUCAUAAGUUAUCCUUUGAGAUGGAACCUCAAGGAGUUGAAGCUAAUGAUUUUCGAGUACUUGUGAAUUCACUCAAGACCAAUACGACUUUGCUCGUCUUGGACUUGGAGGGCAACUCAAUUGGGGAUAAAGGGGCCCUGGCGCUAUCAGAAGCGCUAAAGACUAACACAGCUCUGACCUCUUUGAGCUUGCGCGAGAACUCAAUUGGACAUAAAGGAGCUCUGGCACUCUCAAAGGCACUCAAGAUUAAUACCACGUUAACUACUUUGAACUUGAACUGGAACUUGAUUGAGGAGAAAGGGGCUGUGGUACUGUUGGAGGCGCUCAAGAGUAACACGACUUUGGUCACUUUGGGCUUGCGUGGCAACUCGAUUGGGAGGGAAGGUGCUCUAACGCUGGCAGAAGCGCUCAAGGUCAAUACGGGGUUGGCUUUUUUGGACCUGCACGACAACUCACUUGAGAAGGAAGGAAUUCUGGCGCUAUCAGAGGCGCUCAAGACCAACAAAGUAUUGACAGAUUUGAAUUUGGGAGGUAACGGAGUAAGGAAUGAAGGAGCUCUGGCACUCUCAGAGGCGCUCAAGGUUAACACUACUUUGACCAUUUUGGGCUUGAGCCAAAACCUAAUUAAGAAAGAAGGAGCUCUGGCGUUUCUAGAGGCACUCAGGAUUAACACAACCUUGACCAGUUUGGACUUGUGGGACAAUUUAGUUGGUGAAGAAGAAAGUCUGGCACUGUCAGAGGCCCUUAAAGUGAACGCGGCUUUGGCCCUUUUUGAUUGAAGGGCGUAAAUCGAAAACCAAGGUGUCCUGGUACUGUUUGAAACACUUGGUUCUAUUUGAUCGAAUGAAUUAUACUUUUGGCCAUAGAUUAUUUCUCGCUGUUCCUUAAAGUAAAGUCCAUCAAUUUCGU